CUGCCAUUAGCAUUGUGACCCACUGGAGAGUGCUGUUUUGACUUUUGAAUAUUUUUGCCCAUCAGAGUGUACAUAGUGAUGGAGUCAAAAGUGAAUGAAGGUGCUAGUAGUAGUGGUAAGAAAACUUUAAAAAGGAAGCAUAUAACCCUGACACUGAACCAGAAAUUAGAAAUUAUAAAGAUGCUAGAAAGAGGCAUAAAUCGGAAGGUUAUCAUGAGUAAAUUUAACGUUGUCUCGACAAUCUAUGACAUAAAGAAACAGAAGGAUAAAUUGCGAGCAUUUGUUGCUGAAAGUGAAGCACCUACUAAACGUACUGAGCUAUGGCAAACUCUGAAAAUGCCUAAGAUGGCACAGUUGGAUGUAGCUUUGUUUAAGUGGUUUAAUGCAAAGCGUUCUGAAGGUAAGCCCAUUACUGGGCCAGUGCUCAUAGAAAAAGCAAAACAGUUUCACAGUCAAAUGAACAUUAGCGAAUCAUGUGUGUUUUCAGAAGGUUGGUUGUGUAAUUUUAAGGAUCGGCAUGGGAUCCGUAAAUUAGAUAUCAGUGGUGAGCAAAAGUCUGCCAAUCAUGUAGCCGCAGAGGAGUAUAAUGCUGUUUUUGAGCAGUUGGUGGAGGAACACAGGUUGUCAUCUUGUCAAAUGUACAAUGCUGAUGAAACUAGGCUCUUACGGCGUUGUUUGCCAAACUCUACUCUAGUUGGCGGUGGUGAAAAGGCUGCUCAUGGCUUCAAAAUGAACAAAGACUGCAUUACAGUUCUGGUAUGCGCAAAUGUAUCUGGCACGCAUAAACUUAAGCUUCUUGUCAUAGGGAAGUACAAAAAACCAAGGGCAUUUAAAACUCUUACGAGUUUGCCAGUGAUUUAUGAGGCACAGGGGAAUGCUUGGAUGACGUCAGAAAUGUUUAAGGACUGGUUUUUUAAUCAUUUUGUGCUCGCAGUUAAGGAGAAUUUUAGAAAGGAGGGUCUACCGGAGGAUAGUAAAGCUGUUCUUUUGCAUAACUGUCAAGCACAUCUGCCCGCUUCAGAGCUUGUAAGUGGAAAUAUCUUUUCUACAUAUUUGCCACCAAACGUGACGUCUUUGAUCCAACCGAUGGAUCAAGGUGUGAUACAGAACUUUAAGUGUUUCUACAGGGGGACUUUUGUCCAAAAGUUGGUAAACUCAGACUGCAGUGUUUCUGAAUUUCAAUCUGAUUUCAACCUUAAGGACGCUGUGUAUGCGGCUGCAUUGGCUUGGAAAGACGUAAAGAAGGUUACUGUACGAAAAUGUUGGAGGAAACUUUGGCCUAGCAUCAUGUUUUGUGAUGAUUCUUCUGAUGAAGAGGAAUUUUGUGGAUUUAAUGUUAGGCCUAAGCACAUUAGUAACAUACAAGAAAUAAUUGAAAAUGUCUCUGAGAAGAAUGCUGUUGCAAAGCUCUCAGAAAAUGACAUUGAACAAUGGCUUGCCAUGGACAAAGAUGAACCAGUUGUAGAA